CAGACACAACUGCAACCACUCGACCGAUGCACCCUCAGAAGGCCGAACCGCGUAUUGCGCAAACGACUCGAUUCGCCAGAAGAUGAUGAACGGCCCGUCAAACAUGCCCGCUUCGAAAGUGAUGAACACAGCAAUGAAGCAGAUGAAAUUACACGGCGACGUGCGUUACGUGCUGAGAUUUUGAGAAAGCACAGAGAAUCGCCUGUUGUAUCUUCUCUGACGCCUGAGACUCUCGUACCAUCAUCGACAACACCUGGAACGCCAGAGACACUGGAGCUUGAGAAGCAAAAUGUGCUACCUGUGUCGCGCAACGCAAUGGCCGCUUCAGCAGCAGACUACAACCCUGACGAUGACGCACGUACGGAAGCUGCGGCGCAUCACGCACCGCCGUCAGCUGAGAAACCGGUGGAAGACCCUGAAGAUGACAUGUUUGCUGAUCCAGUCCCUACAUUACCUCUAGUCGACACCGGGUCGGCUGUACCUGCUCGAAAGAUGGAUAUUGGUGUUCGGGAAUCAUGGGCAGACGCAGAAGGCUACUAUCGCGUUGUGAUUGGUGAGUUAUUGGAUGAACGGUAUGCCAUCACUUCCAUCCUUGGUCGUGGCGUCUUUAGCGCUGUGGUGGGUGCGACGGAUCAGCAAGACAACAACAAGGCAGUCGCCAUCAAAGUAACGCGUAACAAUGCAGUGAUGCGAAAAGCCGGUGCACAAGAACUCAGUAUUCUACGACUCUUGAAUGACGCUGAUCCGGAUGAUCGCAAACACAUUGUCAGACUCAAAGGCACCUUUGAGCAUCGCGAGCAUUUCUGUCUUGUAUUUGAGCAUCUUGCCCUCAACCUGCGUGAAGUUUUACGCAAGUUUGGUCGAGAUGUCGGGAUUCAAGUACGUGCUGUUCGUGCCUAUGCGGGACAACUUUUUCUAGCCCUCGCUCAUCUCGCUCGGCAUAAAGUGAUUCAUGGCGAUCUCAAACCGGACAAUAUCCUGGUCAGUCAAUCUCGCACAACCCUCAAGCUUUGUGAUCUUGGUUCUGCAAGCUUCUACCAAGCUGAUGAGAAGCGACAAUUUGACGAAGCAACAGCGUACCUCGCCUCUCGAUUCUACAGAGCACCAGAAGUCAUUCUCGGCGCUGGCAUUGAUUAUGGCAUUGAUAUCUGGGCAGCGGGUUGUACACUGUUUGAAAUGUACACGGGUCAAAUUCUCUUUCCGGGUCGUUCAAAUAGUGCCAUGCUGAGGUUGAUGAUGCGAUUGAAAGGGAAAAUGCCAGCCAAAAUGGUACGUCGUGGUAAAUUCGGGUAUCGCCAUUUCGACGAUAGCUUUGGGUUUCUAUCGGUAGAGACAGACGCAUUAUCAGGGCAAGACAUGACGAAACGGUUGGAUGUGGCUGCAAAGCCAGUCUGGGAUCUGAAACGUCGUUGUUUGCUGCCUGCACUUUCAGCGGAAGAACGACCGCUUGUGCUGCAAUUGAUUAGUUUGCUUGAGCGAUGCUUGGAGUUGGAUCCUGCACGGCGCUUGACGGCUGCUGAAGCACUGCGGCAUCCAUUUUUGAGUACAAGACAAGGCAUCUAA